AUGCAGAUUCUAAGCGCGCAGCCGAUCCACCAAAACCAAGACGAUGUGGAAAAGACUGCCGCAGAUGCGGCGGCUCAAUGUCAGACCAAGGACGCUGCUGAGAAUGCCGAAACGCCGUGGAACGAAGAAUUUCUCGUUGUGUUCGGCCCAGAUGACCCAGAGAAUCCCUUGAAUUGGUCUAGCAAAGUGAAAUGGGGAGUCACCGCAGCAGUCUCCAGCACGGGUUUCAUCCGAAUCAUGGUUUCAACAAUGAUGGCUCCAGCAAUCGAAACCAUCGCCGAGGAACUCGAUAUGACGCCCAUUGAAUCGACCAUGGCUCUUUCAGUGUACGUUUUGGCGACUGCCGUUGGCCCAAUGGUCAUUGGUCCUCUACCCGAAGUAUAUGGCAGAAAAUCCAUAUAUCAUGUCACGAAUAUCUGGUUCCUGGCCUGGAACCUCAUCUGCGGCUUUGGCCACUCAAAAGGGCUGCUAAUUGCCGCUCGUUUCCUGGCUGGCUUUGGUGCCAGUGCUGUCUUCAGCUUGGCAUACGGCGUGCUCGGCGAUGUGUGGCCGCCAGAAAAGAGAGGACGUUCCCUGAGUAUGUAUCUUCUCAUCCCACUGACCGGCGCUGCAGUGGGGCCCAUAGUAGGCGGUUUCAUCGUUCAGUACUCUACCUGGCGCUGGAUGUUCUGGUCGACUGCGAUAUUCCAAGCUGUUCUCGAGUUGUCGUCGCUGACGGUGUUUCACGAAAGCUACACGCCUGUCCUCCUGCGUCGACGAGCUGAGAAACUGCGUCAAGAGACUGGUGAUUCUCGUUACUAUUCCGAGAUCGAGAAGCGUGAAUCCGGUCGCUCUACUGCCUGGAAGAUUCGCCGCAGCUUGACCCGCCCCGUUCGUCUGCUGAUGUUUCAUUCCAUUAUUCAGAUAGAUGCUAUUCUAGAAGGACUCAAUUACGGCCUUCUGUACUUUAUACUGUCUAGUUUCUCUGCUCUAUACGUCAACGCAUAUGGUGAAUCUAUCGCCAUCUCUGGCUUGCACUACAUUGCCAUCUGCUUGGGCGAAAUCCUUGGUUCGCAGAUCUGUGGGCCGCUGAUGGAUUACCUCUUUACGAGAUUGAAGAGUCGUGACGGCAGCACUCGAGUGCCUGAAUUACGAAUUCCAAUCAUGUUGCCAAGCGCUCUUCUUACUCCCAUUGGCUUUCUUUUAUACGGUUGGGCUGCAAAGUACCAUCUCUUUUGGCUGGUUCUGGACAUUGGAGCGGUUUUGUUGUCACUUGGAAUGCAGGUUUUUGGUACCACUUUGCGCGCCUACGUUAUGGAUGCGUAUGAUGAGCAUUGUGAUCGUCGGACGCCUCGCUGCGGUCUCUGCAUAAGGCGAAACCUAGACUGUGUAACGCAAGUGAUCAAAAGCGCGGAUACACAAGAAGGGUUAGCAUUCCAUCUCAAUAUAACAUCGACUCGUCUACUAAACAUAUUGCGCAGGUCCGUCCAAAGCCUCGAAAAAGAAAUUGCAAGCCUAGAGGCUCAGCUAUCGCGGCUACAGACAACCGUGGUAGAGCCUCGCUCGCCUGGUACCUCACAGCCGCAAAAUAAUCCAACUCACAUGCCUUGCGAAACUCUCAUCUCUUCUAGAGAGCAGUCUCUGGACAGCGUUGAUUUGGAUGUUCUCAAAGAAGUCGAGACUGUAUCCCUUUACCGUGGAGAACUCUAUUGCUUGCAUAAAAUGGCACGCAGGGCUCUCCGCCUAGAAAACUGCGAUCCUCGGGGAAUGUUGAAUCUCACCCAAAAGAAGAGCUUAUUAGCAUCAUAUUCUCGGCCGCCUAGCUCCAAUACACCUUUGGACUAUGAUCUAGCCAUUUCUUAUGCGAACAAAUACUUCGCUUAUAUUCACCCUACCUUUCCUAUUGUUUCCGAAGAUGCAAUCCGAAAUACACUCCGAAAAAUAGCAACCGGCACUCAAAGUGAUCUUCGGGAACGCACCAUAUCGUAUCUCGUUAUCUCGAUUGGUGCAAUCCUUCCUAUCGAAUCGUUUGCUGCUUUUGACACUUACAACUCGGCCGAUUACUUCUUACGAUCCCUGGACAUUCUGUAUUCUUAUGACGAAUCGGCUACUACAGUGCAAAUUCUCCUCUUGUUCACUAUCUGUUCGCUUUUUGAUCCCAGCACGGGCAACUCAUGGCAUCUGAUAGAUCUUGCCACACAAGCUUGCAUAGACAUGGGAUAUCACCAACUCCAACCAGAAGCAGAAACCGCGAGAAGCUCGCCAGUAAAAGGGUUAACGCUGUUUCAGGCGGCUUAUGUACUUGAUUUUACUAUUAGCUCGGCAUUGGGGCUGCCUAUGGGCAUACAAAAUCGCGACAUGUCUUUCGAUUGGGAGGCAUAUAUCGUUCCACCGGCAUCCAUACGCGCAUCUGGAUCGAGAAGUAAAGAGCUUUCUCUUUUAGAGAUGUUCAGUUGGGCAUACGAACUUUGCAGCAGUCCAAAAAACGAUGCCGCGGGCUACCUGUCCUGCUAUGAAGAGCGCAUACUACAACCUAGAUUGAGUGGCGAAGAAAAUACAUCUUAUCUGCCAAGAGCGUUUGAACUACAACUCGUUGCGCAGAGCCUUAGAAGAUUACUCUCGGCCGCUUCCCCGUUUGCAGCACAGAGUAAACUGGUUUACGACUGUCUAGUAUCCUUUCAGAGCUCAAUUGAUAUCUGGCCCGCGCUGCCGUGGAUCGCCGGAUACAGCAUAUUCCAGCUGGUGCUAUUGGGCAUCAUUUUCAGCAAUGGGAUGCCUCGGGAUCAAAGAGUAACCCAAAUUUCACAAUUGGUAUCUCUGGCUGGGAUGGUUUUAUCUGUUAUGAAGACCAAAUUCGCUGGGCUGCAUUCUCACAGCGUACUCUUGGGCGGUGUAUUGAAGCAAAUAACCUCGCUCGAUGCAAAUUCUCGAGAAAGCAUUGACUUUCUUGACGGAAGCAGUCUCUAUGAAUUCUGCAGGGACGCUCUGAAAUGCGUUGACAUAGAUUUUUCUCCUUAA